AUGACAGGUGAACAAGUGAGAAAAGUAAUACCACGUAAAGAACAUAAACAACGCGAAUUGCAGCUGACUGGCUUGAAACAGAUUCUCUCGGCAAAUGGAAAAAUUUCAUGUCAGUCUAUAAGGGAUAUCAUCAAACAACUUGUGAAACAGCUACUGAUCUUUGGACUUCUAAUGCAAAAUCCGGAUAUAUUUGCUAUCUUAGAUCGUGUUCCAUGCAGUGCACAUAGUUUGUAA